ACGUUUUGUGCCCCGCCCUCUCUGUCGCGGUGGUGACGUGUCCAAUUCAUGAGGCAAACAUUCUGCGCCGCCUGAAGAUAUCAAGGAUGGGGACCCAAGUAAAAGAUGUAGUGAUCAAGUCUGAUGCCCCCAGUGCUCUACUGUUGGACAAGCAUGCAGACUAUAUUGCUGCCUACGGCUCCAAGAAGGAUGACUAUGAGUACACCCUGUCAGAAUAUCUGCGGAUGUCAGGUAUCUACUGGGGCCUGACGGUGAUGGACUUGAUGGGUCAGCUGACCAGGAUGAACCAACAGGAGAUCUCUGACUUCAUCAAGUCCUGUCAGCACGACUGUGGAGGCAUCAGCGCCAGCAUCGGACACGACCCACACGUCCUCUACACGCUCAGUGCUGUACAGAUCCUCUCGUUGUAUGAUAACGUGAACGUGCUGGACGUGGACAAGGUGGUGGAGUACGUCAGAGGACUGCAGCAGGAGGAUGGGUCGUUCGCUGGAGACAAAUGGGGGGAGAUAGACACACGAUUCUCUUUCUGUGCUGUUGCAACACUCGCAUUGCUGGGUAAGCUGGAUGCCAUUAACAUGGACACGGCUGUAGAGUUUGUUCUGUCCUGUAUGAAUUUUGAUGGAGGGUUUGGCUGCAGACCAGGAUCGGAGUCUCAUGCCGGACAGAUCUACUGUUGUACAGGGUUCCUGUCUAUAACAGGCCAGUUACACCAGGUGAAUGCUGACCUGCUGGGCUGGUGGCUCUGUGAGAGACAGCUUCCCUCGGGAGGUCUCAACGGACGCCCUGAGAAACUGCCUGAUGUAUGUUACUCGUGGUGGGUGCUGGCCUCCCUGAAGAUCAUUGGUAGGAUCCACUGGAUAGACAAGUCCAAGCUGAGGUCCUUUAUUUUGGCCUGUCAGGAUGAGGAGACGGGGGGCUUUGCUGACCGACCAGGAGACAUGGUGGACCCAUUCCAUACUCUGUUUGGCGUAGCAGGUCUGUCUCUGCUGGGAGAGGGCCAGAUAAAGGACGUCAAUCCUGUUCUCUGUAUGCCUGAAGACGUGUUGGCGAGGCUGGGCCUGCACCCAGACCUCCUCAGUUAGCUCUUCACUCGUCUACACACACCAGGGGCGUGGUCACAUCUCUGUUGGCAAUUCAGGAAGAAAACAGACAAUUCUAUUGAAUUUACUGAACUGAACCCCAGCCUCCACCUCCCCACCUCCCCACCUCCCCACCUCUCCACCUCUCCACCUCUCCACCUCCCCACCUCUCCACCUCUCCACCU